AUGCAGGUCAACCCGCUGCCCCCGAUGGCGGAAGACGACAUGACGAUGAUCAAGGACCUCUUUACGUACCUGACCCAGCCGAACAGCGCCGCCUGCCAGAAGGUGGCCCGAUUCGGUGGAAAGGCCAUGCUGCGCAUUGAGGACCACGUGCCGAUUAUGGACGGUCAGAAGUACAUCUGCAUGGAUCCCGAGCUCAGCCUCCACACGACCGAUGACUGCCUGGUCUACUCGUUCGGCAUCAGCACCGACUGGUCCUUCGACUGGGAGAUGGAGGGCUUCGGCUGCACCGUGUUCGCCUUCGACCCGUCCAUCAACGCCAGCAGCACCGACUGGCAGCAGGGCGCCAUCUCGUUCCUGCAGUACGGCGUCGGCGCCUGGGACCACGUUAGCGACGAGGGCUGGCAGAUCCGCACGCUCGACACGAUCGUCGAGUUCCUCCAGCACUCCGAGCGCAGCAUCCACUACCUGAAGAUGGACGUGGAGUUCACCGAGUUUGAGGUGCUGCGCCAGCAGGUCAUUCGUGGCCAGCAGUCGCCGCUGUUCCGGAACGUGCAGCAGCUGGGCGUGGAGCUUCAUAUCACCUCCUUCCUGCCUGUGUGGGAGCAUGUGACCUUCUACCGGGAGGCAUACAAGACGUUUCUGGCGCUUCAGGACAUGGGCUUUUACCCCUUCUCAUACGAGGAGAACUUCUCGCUGGAGCCGGACGUGGACGUGCCGGGUUUGGAUGACAAGCUUAUGUCCGCUAUGGAAGUGGUGUGGCUGAAAACACAGUGCAUCGGUCCAGACGGCCGCGCCCUUACCGGAGCCGGUCAGUGA